AGCUGUCGGGAGCGCAUUUCACUGCUCAUGGCCCUGUGCUGUUCGCUCAGGUCCUCGAGCACCAGAAUCCGGAUGCGAUAGGCGAAUGACCGGAGGUCCUGUCGCCUACGGAGAUGCGAGAAGCCUGGGUUCGACCGCUGCAGAAGAGCUGUGGAAGAAGUCUCCAGACGACGAGCCACGGCCACUGCAGAUCCAAUAUUCGGCCGAGGGUCAGGAUGACCAGGAAAUUGCGGAUGGCAACGUCAUGGAGACCGUGUUCGAGGACCCCAACGAGGCCAAGAUCCGUCCACGGCUCCUUGUACCCUUGCAAUCAGUUCUGGGUUUGAAGGCCCUUUGUGAGCGCGAGUACAUCCGCACGGAAGCUGUGACAGAGACGUUGAACCAGUGCCGAACGGCCUACUACAAGGAGCUCUUGUACCUGAGAGAGCAGCUUAUUCUGGCUGCGGAGCCGGAAAAGCAGCUCAUGCUGGGCGCUGUUCAAAACUACGAGGUCUACUUCUUCAACCCGCCCGAGUAUGUGGAUGAGGACCUUAAAGAGUACAUCCUGAACUGCAGCCGGUGGACGCACAAGAAGCUCAUCGAAGAGAACUAUGAGCUGCAGGUGAAGCUGGCGGGUGUAGGACAGAACGAUGUCUUUGAAAAUGCGGAUUUCUGCCUCAAGGGCCUGCUGAGAAGGCAUGGGACCUACAAGCUCUUCAAGCUGAUGCACUCGGUUGUGAGCAACGCAAAGGACUUGUUCAAUCCCGAGGACAUGAUUAGAAAGCGAGAAACAGAGGGGCUGAAGCCGCUGGACGAACUGAAGGCUGCGGUUGCAGAAGCUUUCCCGAACCUGGGCGCGCGGGAGGACAACUCGGGUGCUCUGAUCGCAGAAAUCAAUGAGUUGCAGCGGACAGUCGCCGAUCUCAGGGCAGAGCUGGCCAAAGUCAAGGAGAUGCUGAGCAAAGAGAGAAGCCGUACCGAAGAGCUGACCCGAAAAUGCGAGGAACAAGAAAAGCUCCUUGCGGCACCGGAGGUGCCACAAGUCGUGGAGUCACACGGGGAGGACUGCAAGCGCAUGGAGCUCGAGGUGGAAGCGCAAGUCAACCGAAUGCGCCAGAUGAUCACAGACUUGAGUAGCGGCAAGAAAUACCAGAUAGGAAAGUCCGCGCCCGACCAGAGCAAGGUCUUUCCUCAUCUUGACGAGGCGAUUCUCGACUUGGACAAGCUGUUUGCAAAGAUAUUGGCGGAGUCUCCACAGAUCUUGACGAAAAUACAGGCCACCACGACCCAAGUUGUGGAGAGUGUCUCAGACGACAAUAAGAAGGAGAUACAGGAGUUGAAGAAGGAGAUUGCCGUCCUGAAAAGCAAACUGGCAGCCGCUGAGCAGAGAGAACAAGAUGCGCUUUCCAAGUUGAAGGAACCCAAACCGCAAGAGAAGAAGCCUCCAACAGAGAGAAAGGUGCCGGAGAGCCCUAGCAACACAGGAGCUACGGACAACGUGGACGACCUGAAGAAGCAGCUGGAAAGAAAGAUCGCCAGGAUUGCCGACCUGGAAGCGGAGUUGGACCAGGCUCAGCGAGACCUGCGCGCAGCCCAACGAACCAUUGACGAGAAGGAUCUUCUUCUGCAAGAGAGGGCGAGGAAAGACGCCGAGAAAGCCAAGCAGAUGUCGGACCUCAUGGAGAAGCUGCGGAAGUCCGAGGAAGAGGCUGAGAAGCUGGCCGGUAAGCUGUACAACGCGCAAGAGAAGAUCAAGCAGCUGAAAGAACAGAUCCGGGAGCUCAAGAACAAGCUGGGAAUGCCUGCUGAUGAGAGUGAUGAAGAGAAAGAGGAAGAGGAGGAGGAAACCCCGAUGUUCAUGAGUCGAUACUAUCUGCGCGCCAAGAAUAGCGGGAAGCCACGGUGGAUGCUACUGGCCGAGGACGCGAAGCUGAAGGAGCAGAAGAAGGCCUUCGAAACGAAGCAGACGGUGGCCCCGGAAGCUCCCGGUCAAGACGCGACCAGCGCAUUGGCCUUCUUGAGGCGAGGGCAGUCGGGAGAAAGUCACGGCUCGAAGGUGCGGCUGCAGUACUCCUACACCAGUACGUCCUUGGCCGAUCCAGGCGAUCUUACGCCAGGAUCUUCCAAGCCAGGGUUCAGCAGGCAGACCACAUUUCACGCCGGAGUCCCUCUUCUCGAAGAUGGCGGUCCAUUCAGGCCAGUGGCGCACGCCAACUCGAUGCCCCCGGGGGCGGAUGGAUCUCCUCAGCGUCUGAGCAGGGCAGCAACCUCGAGCUCACUCCGAGCAGGCACACCGCCGGGGCCGGGACUGCCAGGGUACGUCUCAGCUGGAGGCGCCAUGGUGGGUCCUGGUGCUGGCUGGAGGUCAGGCGGUCCAUCAAGCGGAACUGCUUGGAACUCGUCGAUGCUAGGCCAUCCAAGCCUCACUCCAAGCCUCUCCGGGAUCAGGCAAGAGGACAUAGCAGCUGCAGGUCUUCAAUUUUCGAGGCUUGCAGGUGGUCAGCCGGCUUCUCUUUUUCAGACUGCUGGUUGGAGGACUUCUGCACGUGGCCCAGGGCAGACUGAGUCUGGACCAGAAAGAGUCGAGGCUGAGAUGCCAGGCCCGGCAGGCCCUGUGAUCCCUUUUGACUCCAGCGCGUCCGGUGGGCGCGAGUUCCAUCGAAUGAACUCGUCGCCAUCGCCCUGCAGAGUCGCCCACGUGGGCUUGGCAAUGCAAGGUCCCACGUCGCCCAAGGAAGGGCCAAUGCUGCAGCUUGUUCCCCAGGUUUCCUAUGGGCGAGGCCCGGUGCUUGAGCCCCUGCCCCAAUCCAGCUGGUCCUUACUGAGCCCUUCGGGUCAAGAAGGAGACGCAGGCCAGAGCGCACACCCGACAUCAACCAGAAGCGGUGAGACCUCCGCACCUCGAUCCGGCGCGAUUUCUCCGCCGCGAACCCCCGAGAGGGCCAGAGAACCACCAGCGCCCGCCUCUCCCAUGGCCAUGCUCAGCAGCUUCUCUGCGCAGUGUGCGCCAACCCAGGUGCCAUCCCCGGAUGUCAGAAAGCGAGAGCCGCGAGAUCUGAAAUCUGAGUGUUCAACUCGAGCAACAGAUAGAUCGCAGGAGUCAACUGCACCCCAGAUCCAACACUCGCCCACUGUGCCCUUACCAAUGCCAAUGGAUCUCAGCAGUCCGUCGGCAGCCGUAGAGAGAGGGCCAGGAAGUGCGAAGCAACCCUUCAAGCAGGCAUCUUUCAUGGAGCGGGGCAGCCAGAGGGAGGCGGAAGCUGAUUUCAUGAUGAGGCACUCCAAGUCUCAGCCCCUGAUAGGGCACGCCCCAGAAAGUUCGAAGGUGCUGUCUUGGGCACCUCGCUCGAAGGGGACGAGUUCGGUGCCGCUGACCAACGGCUUCAAAGGCAAGCCUCGCGCCCGCACGUACCACUCCCUGGAGAGCCCCCCGGUGGAGUACGUCCAUGCCGAUGCGCUGCCAAGACUGCCUGGAGGGAAGGUGAGGAAGGCAUCUCCACCGAGCUGGCUGUCGCCAAUCUGACACUUUCUUUGCGUCGCAGAUGCGUGAGGGUCACCAGCCAAGUUGGUGAUCCAGUUAAUGAGCUCCGGCAAUUGCCGUUUGCCCUUUGGGGCGUGCUCUUCAGGGCAUGUCGCGAAGUGACGUGCCCCAGAAAUGGAUCAGCAGUGAAACGAAGAUGCCCUCAGGUGUACAAUAGCUGGCAAGCCCAGCAGCGGCUCAAACCGACCCAAGUGCAAUGGUGCAAUGGCUUCAAUGCCUGAAGCAUGAAGCACUUGCUUCCUUGGGCAGUCUCACCGAAAGAUAGCACCGCACGUGCAG